ACAGUAAAGUCCAUCACCUAUUUUUAUAGCGGCGAUGAUGAAAAAGACCCUACCUUUUUUUGACCCUUUUUUGUUCUUCACUGAUCGUACAAAGCCAAGACCUUUCACGAUCGCGAACACUAAGAUACUUCAUGCCCAAUUCCUUAAAAUGGCACUAUUGCAAUCCGAUUUCUUUGUUGCGAAUUCUUUACUUGAUUGGUAUUGCAAAUCUGGUUCUAUUUAUAACGCAGCUAAGUUGUUUGAUGGAAUUACUCAACGAAGUGUAGUUUCUUGGAAUACCAUGAUUUCUGGUUAUAAUGAAAACUCAUUAUUUGAUGAUUCUUGGAGAAUGUUUAGAAGGAUGCACUCGUUGGGGCUUGGACCAGAUGAAACCACCUAUGGGAGAGUGCUUUCAGCUUGUAACGCUUUGCAAGCUAUUCUAUGUGGCAAACAGGUUUAUUCACUGGCGGUAAAAAAUGGAUUCUUUUCAAAUGGGUAUGUUCGUGCCAGAAUGAUAGAUUUGUUUGAGAAAAAUUCUUGCUUUGAGGAAGCUUUGAAGGUGUUUUAUGAUAUUUCAUGUGAAAAUGUGAUUUGCUGGAAUGCCAUUAUAUCUGGGGCUGUUCGGAAUGGAAAAAAUUGGGUGGCUUUAGAUGUUUUCUGCCAAAUGGGACAUGGACUGUUAGUGCCAAAUAGUUUUACAUUCUCGAGUGUUUUGACGGCUUGUGCUGCACUUGAAGAGCUUGACACUGGAAAAGGAAUUCAAGGGUGUAUCAUUAAACAUGGUUCAGGAGAUGUCUUUGUCAGCACUGCUAUUGUUGAUUUCUAUGCCAAAUGUGGAGAAAUGAGUGAAGCUGUGAAGGAAUUUUCACAAAUUCCUACCAGAAAUGUGGUUUCUUGGACUGCUAUAAUUUCUGGAUUUAUGAAGAAAGGUGAUUCUGUCAAUGCCCUUAAGUUUUUCAAAGAGAUGAUAAAUAUGAAGGAGGAAAUAAACAAUUACACAUUAACUAGUGUGAUUUCUGCUUGUGCUAAACCAGGCAUGAUUGGAGAGGCUGUCCAAAUCCAUUCAUGGAUUCUAAAGAGUGGGUUUUAUUUUAAUUCUGUGAUACAAGCUGCGUUGAUUAGCUUGUAUUCAAAAUUAGGAUUUAUUGUUUUAUCCGAGAUGGUGUUUAAUGAGAUGGAAGAUAUAAGUCAUUCAAAUACCUGGGCUGUACUGAUAUCUUCCUUUGCUCAAAGUCAGAGUUCUCAUAGAGCUAUAGAAUUAUUACAGAUGAUGUUACAGAAGGGUCUUCAACCAGAUAGAUUUUGCGCUUCAAGUAUCUUUGGUGUCAUAGAAUCUAUUAAUAUGGGAAGGCAGAUGCACUGCUAUGUUCAUAAAACUGGGCUGGUUUGUUAUCCUUCUGUUGGUAGUUCACUUUUCACAAUGUACUCAAAGUGUGGUAGUUUAGAGGAGUCAUUUAAAGUAUUUCAGAAAAUUCAUGUCCGAGACAAUAUUUCAUGGACUUCAAUGAUUGCUGGGUUUGUAGAAUAUGGUUGUGCAAAUGAAGCUAUUCAAUUGUUUAAGGAGAUGCUGUCUGAAGAAGCUAAACCUGAUCAAAUGAGUCUAGUGGUGGCUCUUUCAGCUUUUUCUUCUCUUCGUUCAUUGAGUAGGGGCAAAGAAAUUCAUGGGUAUGCUUUUCGUGCUGGACUUGGAAAGGAAACACUUAUUGGUGGUUCACUUAUAAAUUUAUACUCAAAAUGCAGUGCCCUGGGAUUGGCACAGAGAGUGUUUGACAUACUUCCCCUAAAAGAUGAAAUUUCAGGCUCCUCCUUAAUCUCGGGAUAUGUGCAAAAUGGGGCCAUUGCACUUUUAAACAAAUUAGGCAUUGGUAUUCAACUGCAUGCACUCAUUAUAAGACUGGGAUUCAAUUCAGAAGUUUCGGUUGGAAGUUCACUUAUUACAAUGUAUUCCAAAUGUGGAAGCAUUGAAGAUUGUCAAAAGGCAUUUUUUGAGAUCAAUCAACCUGAUUUAAUAGGUUGGACAACUAUGAUAUCCAGCUAUGCUGAACAUGGAAGAGGUGCAGAGGCAUUAAAGGUCUAUGAAUUGAUGAGGAAAGAAGGAAUCAAACCUGACUCGGUAACUCUUAGUGGAAUUUUAUCAGCUUGUAGUUAUAAUGGGCUGGUAGAAGAAGGCUAUUUCUACUUUAACUCAAUGUUGAAAGAGUAUGGGAUUGAGCCUGGUAAUCGCCACUAUGCCUGUAUGGUUGAUAUCCUCGGCCGCGCAGGGAGAUUGAGAGAUGCUGAGAAGUUUAUAAAUAAUAUGCCAAUUGAGCCUGAUGCUUUAGUUUGGGAAACAUUACUUGCUGCAUGUAAAACACAUGGAAAUAUUGAACUUGGAAAGCUAGCAGCAAAAAGGGUCAUGGAGUUAGAGCCAAGUCAUGAUGGAGCCUAUGUUUCCUUGUCAAACAUCUGUGCUGACCUAGGCCAUUGGAAAGGCGUGCUGGAGAUUAGAAACCUAAUGGAGGGAACUGGCUUGAGGAAAGAACCUGGUUGGAGUUUGGUUUGAGAUGCAGUUAUGCCCCAAACAAAAUAUUAUUGGCCAGGAAGCAGGAAAAAGUGUUACCAAAGAAUAUUGUGACAGAGAAGCACUUAAAUCCCGCCAUUAGCAGGCCUCACAUUCCAACUUUAAAACUACAAGCAGUUUGUCAAACCUCCUUCGGGUGAAUGUUCUUUCAGAGUAACCAAAAAAAUCAUUUAAAAACUUCAUUCAAGGUUUCAGGCUUUGGUUAUCAAACUGUAUUGAAAACAGUCACAGGAUCAUGUUAUCAACCAGAUCAAAAAAGGAUGAGGUUUCUA